CGGCUUGUCAAUGGUUUAGGGUUUCAGUUUGAGAAUUAAAAGACUUCUUCCCGUUGUGGUCACACUCUCAGCUCAGGUAGCGCCGACCAACCCUAGGGUUUGACAAACCUCUCACAGCCCCUCUCCUUUUCCAUUAUUCACUUCGGCAGAUUCCAUGGCACCAAAGAAAGACAAAGCCCCUCCUCCUUCAUCCAAGCCUGCAAAGUCUGGAGGUGGCAAGCAGAAGAAGAAGAAGUGGAGCAAGGGAAAGCAAAAGGAGAAGGUGAAUAACAUGGUGCUGUUUGAUCAGGCUACGUAUGACAAGCUUCUCUCUGAAGCUCCUAAAUACAAGCUCAUCACUCCCUCUAUCCUAUCUGAUCGUAUGAGGAUAAAUGGAUCACUUGCAAGGAAGGCUAUUAGGGAACUGAUGGCAAGAGGAUCGAUUAGGUUGGUGUCUGCCCAUUCAAGCCAGCAGAUUUACACUAGGGCUACAAAUACCUAGAUGGUUCGUUGUAUUUUUGCUUAGUUCCAUGCAAUAGUGCUGUUGGUUGUUGAGUUGACUUCUGAGUGAAUUUAUUUACUGCUGCCGCUUUUUUUUUUUCCUUUUGUGUAGAAUGUGUGAGAUACAUUCUCUUUUUAUCAUUCUAGUUUAAUUGAUACUUUGCAGACUUACUAUUCAGCUCUCUGAAAUUUGUUUCUAAUGUGAGAUUCAUAUGUUGAUUUAGUGUUUCAAUCCUAAAA